UCUGACCACGAAAAAAUAAUUUAUGAACAGUUUGGUUGGAUUAUCGCAUAAAGAAGAAAAGUAAAAAUCAAUGAAUGAAACAAUUCACCGAACAUUUGAAAUAAUUCACUAAUAAGAAUGCAAAUUUACAUAGACUGUAAAUCGGAGUCGAACAGCGGCGUACCCGAAUGGGCUAUUAUAGAGCUGCAGGGUUUAGUGCAAACGAAAAAAGACCUUAUGUCAGGGCCUACCGUGGUUGGAGAUUUGCAUUAUUUUAGUAGGAACAAACAUCCAGUGUUAAUUCUUGGUCAUCAUGUUUUAAAUGGAAAAGAAAUAAAACUUGAACAACCAAUGGCAGUAAUAGAAAAAGAAACUGUUUGUGGUAAAACCGAGUAUAAAGUAAAAGCUAUUGUUAAAAAGAAAUUACUGUUCAAGUCUAGGCCUAAACCAAUUAUAUCAAAUGUGGCUGAAAGAGUGUAAAGAAAUAAAAUUUUAUAUGGACUAA